CCACAUGCGUCUCCCUCGCUCUGCUCUCUCUUGUGCCAAGGCGGAGAGAUGCGCACACUGAGGACACCGCAGCACCGAAAUGCGCACAGCUCCGAGACAGACCCGGCUUUAGCUUCACCUCCCAACACCCCUGACCCGUCUCUCAAAACAAUGGGUUACAGGGAAUAUGGCUAACUUUGACACACUUUUGCAUGUCACGGGAAAUGCGCUGCCGAGCGGCUGAAUUGAGAGCACAAUAACACACACACACAGACUUGAGAGAAGAGGGGGGACCUGAUUCCAGUCAUUUCUAUCCCAGCUCCUCUUCCACUUUGGUUUUGAGAGAUGAUCACGGAGCUGGUGUGCACCGCCGUGGCUGUGGGUCUCUAUCUGAACACGCUGGACGCAGAUUUCUGCUACGAUGACAGCCGAGCCAUCAAGACCAACCAGGACCUUCUUCCUGAGACGCCGUGGACCAACAUCCUGUAUGACGACUUCUGGGGCACCCUGCUCACUCACAGUGGCAGCCACAAGUCCUACCGUCCACUCUGCACCCUCUCUUUCCGCCUCAACUACACCCUGCAUGCCCUGCGUCCCUGGGGCUACCACCUGCUGAACGUGGUGCUGCACGGGCUUGUCACCGCCCUCUUCACGGCCUUCAGUCGCCCGCUUCUGGGUGGAGGACUGUGGAGCUUGCUGGCUGGCCUUCUUUUUGCUUCUCAUCCCGUUCACACUGAAGCCGUGGCUGGUGUGGUUGGGAGGGCGGACGUUGGUGCUGCGUUGUUUUUUUUGCUGUCUCUUCUCUGUUAUAUGAGACACUGUGGACUUCGUAGGGACCCACGUGGGACUUGUCAGCCCGGGCGAUGUGGUGGCAGCUCAGUCACCCGGUGCUGGGGCUGGAUGCUGGGCUGCCUGUGGUGUGCAGCAGCCAGUAUGCUGUGGAAGGAGCAGGGGGUGACGGUGCUGGCCGUGUCGGCUGUCUACGACCUUUUUGUGUUCCAGAGACUCCGGUUUUCCCAGGCGCUUCUUCUCCUGCUUGGAAAGAAAAAGAACAUCAGUGUUUUGCUGAGUCUCGCCGUGCUGGCUUCCUGGGGAGUGAUUCUGCUGUCAGCUCGCCUCUACUGGAUGGGCAAUAAGCCUCCGAACUUCUCCAACUCUGACAACCCUGCAGCUGACUCGCCACAUUUUCUCACUCGAACACUAACGUUCCUCCAUUUGCCGGUCGCCAACGCCUGGCUGCUGCUCUGCCCAGACAAACUCAGUUUUGAUUGGUCCAUGGACGCUGUGCCCUUGGUCAGGUCCUUGGCUGACUGGAGGAACCUUCACACUGUUGCCUUUUAUGGAGGAUUUAUCCUCCUGGGUUUGUUUGGCCUUCGUGGCCCCGCCUCCAAAGCCAAGGAAACCAAUGGAAAAGCCUAUGUCACUAAUGGGAAAUCAAUCACCAAUGGGAAUGGUUACCAUGCCCCUGACACAAACCAUAACACAGACCAGGGGCCGCCAAAGACCACCCUAAACGGGUCAGCUGGACUCCACCACUGCCCUCCACGGACGCCCCUGCCCCCUACAGAACACCUAGUACUAUUUUCGUUAGGCAUCCUCUCAUUGCCUUUCAUCCCAGCCACAAACCUAUUCUUUUAUGUAGGUUUUGUCAUUGCAGAGAGGGUACUAUACAUCCCCAGUAUAGGCUUUUGUUUACUGGUUGCUGCUGGUGCAAGAACCUUGUACGUCAGACAGAGGACUAGAGGCUGCAAGGCCUUACUGUUGUGUCUCUGUACAGGACUAGUGCUGCUGAAUGGACUCAGAACUGUUCAAAGAAACAGUGACUGGAGCAAUGAGGAGAAUCUCUACAAGUCUGGGAUUAGUGUGAAUCCUGCUAAAGCCUGGGGAAACUUGGGGAACGUACUGAAGAACCAGGGCAAGAUGGCGGAAGCGGAGAAAGCAUACAGAAACGCUCUGCAUCACCGAGGGAACAUGGCUGACAUGCUGUAUAACCUUGGCUUGCUGCUGCAGGAGAACGAGAAUUUUUCUGAGGCACUGCAUUAUUACAAACUGGCCAUUGGGAGUCGGCCAACACUGGCAUCGGCUUACUUGAACACAGGAAUCAUCCUGAUGAACCAGGGCAACCUAGAGGAGGCCAAGCGCACCUUUCUGACUUGUGCCGACAUUCCAGAUGAGAACUUGAAGGACCCCCACGCCCACAAGAGCUCUGUCACCAGCUGCCUGUACAACCUGGGAAAACUGCUCCAUGAACAGGGCCAGCAGGAGGAGGCCCUGUCUGUUUAUAAGGAAGCGGUACAGAAAAUGCCCAGACAGUUUGCACCACACAGCCUUUUCAACAUGAUGGGAGAGGCCUACAUGAGGCUGAACAGGCUGGAGGAAGCAGGCCACUGGUACAGAGAGUCCCUCAGGGCCAAGCCUGACCAUAUCCCUGCCCACCUCACUUAUGGCAAACACCUAUCCAUCAUUGGGCAGAAGACAGAAGCAGAGAAGUACUAUCUGAGAGCCAUUCAACUGGACCCGAAAAAAGGAAACUGCUACAUGCACUAUGGUCAGUUUCUGCUGGAGCAGUCUCGUCUUGGCGAGGCGGCAGAGAUGGCGGAGAGAGCUGCAGAGCUGGACAGCUCAGAGUUUGAUGUGGUCUUCAGUGCUGCUCACAUGCUCAGACAGGCCAGUCUUAAUGAGGCAGCAGAGAGACAGUAUGAGCGUGCAGCCAGUCUCAGACCAGAUUAUCCGGCUGCUCUGAUGAACCUUGGUGCCAUUCUCCACCUGAAUGGGAAACUUCCCGAAGCAGAGGCCAACUACCUGCGCGCACUCCAGCUCAAACCUGAUGAUGUCAUUACCCAGUCCAACCUGCGCAAGCUGUGGAACAUCAUGGAGAGGCAGGGACUCAGGACUAAAGCGUCGGCUCGACAUGCAGAAUAGCGACCUUUGAACUGGGAGAGUUGCUGCACUGUUCCCUUCAUGAUGACGCAGAGGGUCCUCCAGAGAGUGAAGCAGGACAGGAUAUGAAAGAGCUGGAGGCUCAGAGCUCUCUCUACGAGACGGGAGAGACUCCUUCUUUAGGGUUGUGGUCUUGUGGAAGACAGUUUAAGGCUUCGCAUGUUUGGAAUUCAAGGGUGUAGGAGGUCAACCAGAUAACACGUCACAACCAGUGUUUUAUGGUGGCUCAAACGACUAAUGUCACCUUUAUUAUUACAUUUUAUAUAGCGAUGCUCAGCUGUUAAAUGAUGCACUGAACUCAAAGGCAAAUAAUGGCAAAGUCCAAACAAAAACAUCUUGAGAACAAAGGUCUCAAAAAAUCACCAGAUUGUUAUUCAAAUGUCAUUAAAAACGUGUUUUAAAGCACUUAAUUUGAAUAACGAUGCAGCAAGUAUUUGAAUAAUCAUUUUACGCAGAAAGGUUGUCGGCACUGAUGGGAUAAUGAUGCCAGCUGGUUUGUGUUAAAGGGGAAUGCCACCGAUUUUACAAAUCAAAGUGUGUUCACAGGUUUUGGGAUUACUACUGCAUUUGUGAAAAACCUGUUGUAUAAAAAAAUUGUGGUGGCAGAGGGAGCUGAGCAAUGUCUAGUCCAUAUCCACGACGUUCCAUUUCCAUGGUUGCUCCGUUGCCGAUGGGAAUUCUGCCAGAUUUCACUCAUUUAGGCCGGAUAUCCGUUGAUAUGCUCCUCAGAUCUCUGCAGGGUAAAUCCAGACAGAUAGACUAUCUGUCCAAUCUGAGUUUUCUGUUGCACGACUAAAACAACCUUUGUACGUACACGUUCCACCAAAACAAGUUCCUCCCCAAGGCUAUUUUGCAGAGGCGCCGUUGCUUUGUACGGCGCUCAGCGCCGCCCAGGACGAUUGUGAUUGGUUUAAAGAAAUGCCAAUAAACCAGAGCACGGUUUUCUCUCAGUCACAGCAUUGUAAAUGCUUGUGACUGUAAAAAAUGAAAACACAUGAGAAAAGUCCUCAGCGGUGCCAAAGCAUGAACUGAGUCUUUACGCCUCUCGUGCCAAGCAAGAACUGAAAUGUGUUGUGUUUCUUGUGUCAAAUGAAGAUGUUUCAUUUCAUGUGAUCAAAGGAUCAAACUUAAUUUAUUAACACACUUUAUUGUAUGUGAAAAAUCCAACAAUGUGCCGUCGCUGUCACAGUAGCCCACCCUCUCUGAUUUCUCCACCUUCUAAAGAAGGCAACAUGAAAAUUCCAUGAAAAUGUGUUUUUAUAUGUGUAUUUUCUCUCUCUGCUCAGGGACAUCAGGUUGUGGUUCCUGUCACAUAAUGGCUUUGUGACACAGAGAGUUUCUUAAAAAUUAUGUUAGGUGUUUUUUUGAUGAUUGUGAUGUUUGGUUAAAUUAUAGAAAAUGUGUAACUGAAAAUGUGUUGUGUUUUGUAAAAAUAA